AUGGAUCUGGAGGUGGUGACCUUAUUUGUCAUCGCUUUGGGGACACUCGCUGUUCCACUUCUACUUUUCAUGGCAUCCUUUAUGCUGUGGCCUUCAUCACUCAUUAAAUUUUAUUUCUGGUACUGGAGGCGCACCCUGGGUCUUCAGGUGUACCAUGCAGAAUGUGGUGGAUACCGGUUCUGUUACUCUUCCAGAGGGAAGCCCAGCAUCAGGCCAUCAAUCCUCAUGCUGCAUGAUUUCUCUUCACACAAAGAUACAUGGUUGUCUUUGAUUAAGUACCUUCCAAAACAUCUGCAUCUUCUGUGCGUGGACAUGCCAGGGCAUGAGGGGACAACACGUACUAGUGCAGAAGACUACUCAAUCCAGGGACAGGUUAGGAGAAUACGCCAGUUUGUAGAAACUAUUCAUCUAAACCGGAAACCAUUUCACUUGGUGGGCAAUUCGAUGGGAGGAAAUGUGGCGGGAGUGUACGCAGCCUGCUACCCCACUGACGUUUGUAGUAUGACACUCAUCUGUCCAACUGGUGUAAAGUACCCUUCAAAGACUGAAUCUGAAAAGAACAAUCAUGAGCUGGAGCUCAGUGAGUAUACACUUGGCAUUGCUCUUAUCCCAUCUACGCCACAAGAGAUGGAGGAUAUGCUGAAACUCUGCUCCCAUGUACGCUUUAAAGUCCCCCAACAGAUUCUUCAAGGACUGGUGGAUGUACGACUUCCACACAAUAGCUUUUAUCAUGAAGUAUUUAUGGAGAUUAUAAAGGAGAAAUCUAAAUAUGCCCUACAUGAACACAUGCACCUGAUGACCACCUCUCUUCAAGUUAUUUGGGGAAAACAGGACAAGGUAGUAGAUGUGUCUGGAGCAUGGUUGCUGGCUAAAGCUCUGCCAAGCUGUCGUGUGGAUGUGCUGGAGAAUUGUGGCCAUUCUGUAGUAAUGGAGCGACCUCAACGCACUGCCAAACUGAUCUUAGACUUCAUCAACUCUCAGCAGUGCUUGCUUAAUACAACUAGCAAAAAGAAAUUUUAG